AAUUAUGUCUCACGGCUACUGUGGCUAGCUUCAUAUACAUUCAACCAACUGGAACCCCAAGCUGUUUAUUAGCAGGUGGAACGGGGGAAAAAAACAUUUUGAGCCUAGACGUGAUUCGGAUAUCAAUUAAUUAAUUAUCACUUCUUGACUAUGAUCCACUGAAUCGUUUGACAUUGUUUUAUGAUUCCGAUAAUGCCGCCCCCGUCUUGGUUUAUCGCUGGUAGCGUUUUAUUCCUAUCUCUUCCGAUAGCAUUCGGGGCGAAGGGACCACAUCAAUGCACUGAGAAGGAUUAUUACUAUGAGUACACAGAAUGUGACAGUACAGGGUCUCGAUGGAGAGUAGCAAUUCCUCAGAGGGGCCAAGGAUCCUGCACUAGCCUACCAGAACCUGUAAGAGGAACAGAGUGCACAUUUUCCUGUGAGGCAGGGGAGUUUCUGGAGCUGUCUGCUCAGGAGUGUACUCAGUGUGCAGCAGGGACCUACUCUUUGGGCAGUGGUGUUCGUUUUGAUGACUGGGAAAGCCUGCCCGCAGGGUUCAGUUCCCUGGCAACUGACCUCGACAACGGUCCCGGGGGUGACGACAACCUCAGCUGCAACAGUUCGUCAUGGAUCCCUCAGGGAAGUUACCUGGAGUCUAAUAGAGAUGAGUGUACUGUCUCUCUGAUCUAUGCCGUCCAUCUGAAGAAACAGGGAUCAGUCAGCUUUGAAUACCAGUACCCAGAUGACAACCUCUUCUUCCAGUUCUUUAUCCAGAACGACCAGUGUCAGGAGCUGGACCAGACAGCUGAUAAGAAGUGGCUUCAGCUCACCACUCAAGGGAAUUGGGCCACACACUCCGUGAAUCUGAAAUCUGGCACUAACAUCUUGUACUGGAGGACAGCUGGGAUUGUAAUAGGAACUAAAGUACUAAAACCUGUUCUGCUGAAGAACGUGCACAUAGAGGGAGUAGCCUAUACGUCUGAGUGUUUUCCAUGUAAACCAGGGACGUUUAGUCCAACCCCAGGGUCCUCCAGAUGUCAACCCUGCCCCAGGGACACCCACUCGGGUCACGGUGCCAGCUCCUGUACCCUGUGCAAUACCAGCACACACUAUGCACCGGAGGGAUCAAGUGGGUGUAAAGCAAGACCGCCGUGUUCCACAAAGGAUUAUUUCCAGAUCCACACCCCCUGUGACAAAGAGGGCAAGACACAAGUAAUGUACAGGUGGGUUCAGCCUCAGAUCUGUUUAGUCAGUGUGGCCGGGGCUGAAACACUACCCCCCUCUGGUGCCCGGGAACCCUGCCCCCCCUGCAACCCAGGCUUCUAUAACAAUGACACAGCUACCUGCUCUCCCUGCCCCCCAGGGACUUUCUCUGACGGGGUCAAAGCGUGUGAGUCUUGUCCAGCAGGUACUGAGCCUGUUGUUGGUUACCAGUAUAAGUGGUGGAACGUCCUUCCGGCCAACAUGAAGACGUCCUGCUUCAAUGUGGGGAACUCCAAGUGUGACGGCAUGAAUGGCUGGGAGGUAGCUGGGGACCACAUCCAGAGUGGAGCAGGGGGCUCUGAUAAUGACUACCUCAUCCUAAACCUCCACGUGCCUGGCUUCAAGACUCCUACUUCAGUGACAGGGGGAGCCGGGACGGAGUUUGGCCGUAUCGUCUUUGAAUUCGAGAUGGUGUGUUCUGCUGACUGUGAGCUCUACUUCAUGGUGGAUGUGAACAGGAAGAGUACCAAAGUGUUGGAAUCCUGGAACGGCAGUAAGGACAGGCAGUCCUACACACACAUCAUGAACAAGAACGCCUCUGUCUCCUACACAUGGGCCUUCCAGAGAACCAACCAGCCCUCUGACGUGCGUCAGAAAGUGAGCGAUGUGGUGCGUAUCCACUCCAUCACGGUGAGUAACAGUGUGGACGGGGUGUCGUCGGAGUGCCGUGCCUGUGCCCUCCUGGCCCAGCCCUCUGGCUCCCUGUGUGUGCCCUGCCCCCCGGGCCACUACAUACACCCACACACCAGCCAGUGCACCGAGUGCCCCCCCAACACACGGCUGACCUCACACAGCUCCCCGGGUCCGGAGGCCUGCUCGCCCUGCGGGCCGGCCAGCAAGAGCACCAAGGACCACAGCCGCUGCUUUAAUGACUGUGUGUUCUCGUACUCUGAGAACAACGUGUCUCUGAGGUUUGACUACAGUUCUCUGGGCUCGGUUGGAACACUGAUGAAUGGGCCCAGUUUUACCUCCAAGGGCACCAAGUACUACCAUCUUUUCAACAUCAGCCUCUGUGGAGGAGAGGGUAGGAGGGCUGUGUGUACAGACAACGUGACUGACCUAUCAAGUGCUGACUCGCCGAGGGAAUCGGGGGAAAUAACAAACGUGGUGGAUACUUUCAUCUGUCAGUCAACCAUCAUUCCUUCCAGUGGGCGUGGUUUUCGCACAGCAUUGUCCUCCCAGUCCAUCAGCCUCGCAGACACCUUCCUGGGAGCGACUGUGGCUUUGAAUCUGGAUGGAGUCCAGGCGAGACCAGACCUGUUUCCGCAGACCAGCAACAAAAUCCCAGAUGUCAACUUCUACUACCGUUCCCUGGAGGCCACCUCGUCAUGUGAUGCAGGCCGCAGUGUGGUGGUGGUGCUUCGCUGUAACCCAGACAGGAGCACACAAGGGGAGCUCACAGUACCAAGUCAGUGCCCGGCGGGGACGUGUGAUGGCUGUACAUUCCACAUCCUGUGGGAGAGCUCAGGAGCGUGUCCUCACUGUAGCCCUCAAGACUAUCACCAGAUAGAAGGAGCCUGCAAGGGCAGACAACAGGACAAGCUGUUUGUGUGGAACGAACCAAAGCGUUGUGUAGGAGGGGUGUCCCUCCCCGAAAAGUUGACCUUGCCCUGUGAGAGCCUGGAUUUCUUGAUAAUGAUGGGGGCGGUGAUAGGAGUCUUCGCUGCCGCAGUGCUCCUCUCCAUCACCUGCUACUUCUGGAAGAAGAACAAGAGACUGGAGUAUAAGUACUCGAAACUGGUGAUGUCCUCCAAUAAAGAGUGUGAACUACCUGGGGCGGACAGCUGUGCCAUGAUGGAGGGAGAGGAGAAUGAGGGAGACAUGGAGGACGAAGUGGUGUACUCCAAAAAAAUCUCUCUGAUCCGCAAACUCAAAGCCAUUGCAUUGAGGGGAAACCGAGAUAACUAUGAAAAUGUCCAGUUGAACAGCUCCCAGUCAAAUGGAUUGGUGUGGGGUUGAAGAAGGAGUGAAGAACAGAGUGAGGGAGGUUAGGGACCUAGCUCUACAAAGACUAGUAACAGAUCUCCACUGUUGAGGGAUUAAACACCCCCUGAGAAUGCACAUUCAAUUACCUCACCAACAUGCCAAAGGUCUGGCCUUCUCUCUGGGUGGGACAGAGUAGUCCAUCUGAAGGCAAGUGUGCAUGGGGGUGGUGUAAGAGAAUGUGGUGUACAUAGGGUUGGUGUAAGAGAAUGUGGUGUACAUAGGGUUGGUGUAAGAGAAUGUGGUCUACAUAGGGUUGGUGUAAGAGAAUGUGGUGUGCAUGGGGGUGGUGUAAGAGAAUGUGGUGUACAUAGGGUUGAUUAAGAGAUUGUGGUGUGUAUGGGGCGGUAUCAGAAAGUGUGGUGUACAUGGGGGAGGUGUAGGAGAUUGUAUUUGUCUGCUCAGGUAAAGAGAACAUAUCUUUGGAAUGUUUUUGUUUUGUUGCUUUGUAUUCACCCACUAAGAAAAUUGUGAUCUGAGGAAAGGCCCUUGAGAAACAGGUCCCACUGUUCCCUCUGAUAGACCAGGGGAUGAUUUUAACCAUGGGGGCACCUGUCUAAUCCAUUGAGAUCUACAGAAUUGCACACACAGCCCUAAAUACCCAGCAUGCACGCACACACAUUAGUACAGUCUCAUCUCAGUCUGACCUGCACCCCCCUGUGAGCCUUAACACAUUUCUCUCCUCGUUAAGCGGGCUGUUUGGACUUAGGGUUGCCAUGGAAAUAGUCAAGAGGCAAUGUCCCUUACCUGUCUGUUUCCAUUCAGGAGUUGUGAAGUUACAUUUUGCACUCAAAGAUACAAUAACAUUCUGUCUGCCUUUCUGUUAUUUAAUGUGAAAUAAACAAAUUUAUUUGUGUACAAUAUCAACUGGUACUUUCCCUUAUAAUAAAAUGUCUGCACACACAAAAAGCA